AUGAAAACAAAAUUUUAUUUUAAUCCUUUAACUCAAGAAAUUAUUCAAUUACCUAAAAUAAUUUAUGAUAUUAUAGAAUGUAUUUUAAUAAGAUUAAUAUCAGAUAUUUCACUUGAACAAAUUUCAAUACUUCGUUGUUGUUUACCAAAUUUUCUUUAUCAACUUUUUCAACAAAAACCUUAUUUAAUUCCACAAAAUGUUGUUGAUUGGAUUGUUCAAGGAAUUCGAAUAUAUAACAAAUAA